AUGUCUUAUUCUGCCUUUUACCUAGCUUUUUGUAAUUAUCCAAUAUCGAGGUCCUCAGGCUCUUCUGUGAGCAUAGCAUUAUCCUUUGUAAAAUCAGUAUUUACAUUCCUGAUCGCAUGGGCGACACAACGUCUUCUUCCAACUGAGCAAAGGCCCAGCGGUAGUGUCAAUGUCCCUUUGGAUCUAGUGGUGGAGAUUCUUAAAAAACUCCCUGCAAAGUCUCUCGUGAGGUUCCGAUGCGUCUCGAAGCAAUGGUCGUCAAUUAUCAGCAGCCGCAGAGACUUCCUUGACUCAAUCGUGACACGUUCUUUGGCUCAGCCGCAGCGUAUGCACUUCAUCUUCCAUCACUGUACGAGUAAACCAUUCUUCAUCUUCACGUCAACUUACCAUAAGAUGGCUGAUAACCAAUCAAUAUUCAUCCCUGCACUAACGAGUUCCUGUAUUUAUAAAUACGUCCGCGGUUUGAUCCUUUGUUGCUCACGGCGAGGUUUUGAUAUCGUUAUAUACAACCCUACCACGAGGCAGGCCCUUUGGUUACCGGACAAGCAACCUUUGAUGCAGCUAUACCAGUAUACUUACUUCUUUGGAUACGACCAUCUCGAGAAUCAAUACAAAGUUUUGGGCCUACCAAACCAAGAUAUGGAGAGAGCUUGUCUAGUUUUCACAUUGACAGUUCCGACAGCUACCAAAAGCUGGAGAUACGUAGAAUCCAUUGGACUUGGACAUCACUAUCCAAAAAAAUAUAAUUCUAUUUGCAUCAACGGGGUUAUCUAUUACCAAGCAAGUACUACAGAAUAUGGUUCGACAUAUGUAUUGAUGAGUUUUGAUAUUAGGUAUGAGAAAUUUAAUCAGGUCAAUUCUCCUACCAAUCACCUUUCGAGUCUGAUAAACUACCAAGGCAAGUUAGGGAUCAUGUGUUGCAAGAAGGGCGUGGAAAUUUGGGUUAUGGAGCAUACUGAUGAGAAGACACAAGAAUGGUCCAAGAUUUUCUUUUACGAAGAGAUGGUAAGUUUCAAAGAUUGGUUCAGCAAGGGUGUUACUCGUGGUGGUGAGAUAGUUUUUGUCUAUAUUCGGCCCGGGCAUCACAAUCGUGACGCGCUAUGCGUCUCAUAUUACGACCCAGAGCGAAACAGCAUGAGAUAUGAAGACAUUGACGGUAUUAGUACCAAGGAACUAAAGCAUAAAUAUAUUUUGUUUAAAGGCGUUGUCACUGAUCAUGUCGAGAAUACUAUGUGUUUGUAUUAAGUUAACUCAAGAGAGUGGGUGAUUUCUAAUA